AUGGAAUUGAAUAAUGUUGUCGAUGAUGAUAAAAUACUAAUAGGGGAAAUCUCAUCUUCCACUCUUGCCUACUGUGAUGAAGCUGUUGCAGCAGCAAUCACGACUCUUUCAUCUGGUGAUCUUAUGGCGUACAUCGACUGUGGUGGUCCUCCGGAGAGCUUGAUUGGUUUGGUGAAAAUGAGGUUGCAAGAGAAAAAACUUGGCCUAAGGAUGGAACUGAUGGAUGAAGAAUUUCCAGCGUCGUCUUCAACAUCUUUAGCUUCGAGUUGUUCUUUUAAUGAUGAGUCGAGGUUGAGCAAAAACGUAUCAGGACAAUCUUCAGCAAGAUGGUCAGACACCAUAACUUGUCAUCCAGGGAGUUUAUUGGUGGCAGUGCUAAUUCAAGCACUUGCACAUCAUGCGAGUUCCAUUUGGGUCAUCGAUGAGGAUCAUGAUUUAGUUGGAGUCGUAAAAUUUAAAGCAAUCCUUAAAGUUUUUUGGAGUAUUGCAAAUGCAAGGUUGCAAACCUGA